ACUGCCACCUCACAUGGAACACAAGCCAGCAAGUAACACAAGGAAUCUAAAUUUAUUCCACCAUGAGCUGAAAGGGAGGGCUUUGCAACGUGCACAGAAAAAUCAAGAUGCUGGGAUGCUUCAAAGGAAGGCGUGUGAGGAGCUGCUGCUGUGGAGUCACCGUCCCUGCAGGUGUUUGAGGAAAGACUGGACAUGGCAUCAGUGUCACGGUCAUGUCCACGUGGUGGUGUUUGGCCAAAGACAGGACCUGAUGAUCUCAGAGAUCUCUUCCAACCGAACUGGCUCUGUGAUUCUGUACCACUCUGCUCUCUCCAGCUCCUCACCCAUCAUCCCCUGAACCCGAGCAGUCCAGGAUGCCAGACCUCCUCCACCUCUUCUCCAACGUUCCCAGCAAGGAAGGGUUCUCUGCCUCAUGGCGUCUAGUUAUUUAUCUGAAAAAAUAAACAAACAAUCCCCACCACAAACAUUUUUAACCACUCUCCCAGGCGAUUCGAGCAUUUUAGGGAAGGCGUUAAGGACAGCGCCGUCAGCACGACCCGAGUUUGGCGCAGCCCUGAGCAGGGCCGACCCCCAAGCCCGCGCCCGGCCCUCCGCCCCCGCCUCCCUCCAGCACGGGAGGCGGAGCGGAGCCGCGGAUCCCAUCGCCACGGCAACGCGGCGGCCGCAAACCGCUCCCGGGACACGCGGCGGAUCCCACCGGCGGCGGAUCCCACCGGCGGCGGACACGAGCGCCGGGAGCGGGCGCGGCCCGACGGAGAGGAGCCCGCCUUAGGGCUGGCCAGCAGCGUGCAAUGCCUCUCUUUGGGAACUCCUUCAGCCCCAAGAAGACCCCCCCCAGGAAAUGGGCCUCGCUGUCCAACCUGCACCUGCUGGAUAGAUCCACCCGUGAGGUUGAGCUGGGCCUGGAGUACGGCACCCCCUCAAUGAACCUCGCUGGCCAGAGCCUGAAGUUCGAAAAUGGCCACUGGGUUUCAGAAUCAGGAGGCUUCGUGGGGGAUCGCAGGGAACUGCAGCGCUUGCGCAAACGAAACCAGCAGCUAGAGGAAGAGAACAACCUACUUCGGCUGAAAGUGGACAUCCUGCUGGACAUGCUCUCUGAGACCACCGCCGAGUCCCACCUCAUGGAGAAGGAGCUGGAGGAGCUGAAGCAGCACAGCCGGAGGAAGAAGUGAACAAGAGGCUGGUUUGGGUCUUGGCCCACGGGAUGCUGGGGCUGGCUGUGCCUCCCAGCCAUGUCGGUACGGUGUGGAGGUACUUUGGAGCGCCCAGGUGUCUCCAGCGCUGUGUGGCGCCCUGGGUGCUGCUAAUGGCUGCUUUGGCACCACAGCGCUGUAAUUAACACGGUUUUCCUCCGAGCACUUUACCUUGCCCGGCUUGCUGCCGGCAGCCGUGCCCUGCUCCGGGCAGGCGGGCAGCGGGCGGUGGGGCAGCGGCUCUCCCUCCGUGAGGGCUCCUGCCCGCCCUCCCUGCUGGCCCCAGCGCGGAGACCCCCGCGGCUUGUGCAACCCUCACCGUCUCUGCCUUGGGCGAGCAGGAUGCUCCUUCUCGAGAGUUUUGCAUAUUUGAUAUAAAACCUUGCCAUUAAAAGCCG